AUGGAUUUUAUGAGUUUACGUGCUUUGAGAGGCCGAUGGCGCACACUGUUUGUCAUUCUUUGUCUCUGGAAGCUGCGCUUCGUGGCUGGACAGGCUCGCUAUUCCAUACCGGAGGAGCAGGCGGAAGGCUCUUUUGUCGGAAAUAUUGCAAGAGUAUUGGGUUUGGAUGUGGCCAGACUCGUGGCAGGUAAAGCUCGUAUUAUAACAAAAGAAGAUCGACAAUAUGUUGAAUUAAAACAGGACAAAGGCGCACUUGUCAUUAAAGAGCGCAUCGACCGAGAGGAGCUUUGUGGAAAGACGACGCCCUGCAGUUUAAGUUUUGACAUCAUUUUAGAAAAUCCAAUCCAGCUUUAUCAUGUAACAGUGGAGGUCCUGGACAUUAAUGACAACAGUCCAUCUUUUCCACAGCCUGAAAUAAGUGUGAAAAUAAUAGAAAACGCUGCCAUGGGCACUCGUUUUUCGCUAGCAAAUGCAGCUGACCCUGAUGUUGCUACUAAUGAUAUUCAAAAAUAUGCCCUUAAACCAUCAGAUCAUUUUAAAUUGGAAAUAAGAAAUCAACCAAAUGGACGAAAAGUGAUCGAAAUGGUUUUAAAGGAGCCUUUGGAUCGAGAGAAAGAAGAGACACACACACUCAUGUUAAUUGCUUCAGAUGGUGGUGAGCCACAUAGAUCAGGGACAGUGAAAAUUCAAAUAACUGUACUGGAUGCAAACGAUAAUGCACCAGUGUGCAGUCAACCUGUUUAUAAGGUAGAUGUGCUUGAAAAUUCACCGGUGGGAACAUUAAUCACAACUGUUAGUGCAAAAGAUGCAGAUGCAAGCCUCUAUGGUGACAUCUUGUAUUCGACUCCUCAUAUUACCAAAGAGGAAAAGCAUCUUUUUGAUAUAAAUGCUAAAACGGGAGAGAUUAAAACUGGUGGAAAAUUAGAUUUUGAAAAAUCAAAGAGCUACGAAUUAAACGUCCAGGCUAGUGAUCAUGGAGGUUUUACAGAUACUUGUAAAGUUAUUGUUAAUUUAAUUGAUGAGAAUGACAAUGUCCCUACAAUUAAGCUACUGUCAUUUUCUCAGACCAUCCCCGAGGAUUCUCUCCUAGGUACAACUGUUGCUGUUUUUAAUGUGAAUGAUGAAGACUCUGAGGGCAACGGUGUUGUGAAGUGCUCCAUUGACUCUGAUGCCCCUUUUAAAAUUGAGUCUUCAUUAACAGGUUACUACACCAUAGUGACUGAAAACAUUUUAGACCGAGAAAGUGUUCCUGAAUAUAAUAUUACUAUAACAGUCCAAGACCAAGGCUCUCCACCUCUGUCUAGUAGCAAAAAAAUCAAUGUUAAAAUAUCUGAUGUGAAUGACAACCCGCCCAAAUUCCAUCAGUCAGAAUACAGUACGACCAUACAAGAGAAUAACUCUCCCGGUUUUUCCGUCUUUACUGUCAGUGCUAUCGAUGAAGAUUGGGCUCAGAAUGCUCGACUUUCUUACUUCCUGGAGGAGAAAGAAGUUAACGGCGUUGCUGUUUCUUCUUUUGUCUCGGUAAAUUCCGAGAGCGGUAUCAUCAACGCUGUAAAAUCAUUUGAUUAUGAGCAAAUCAAAUCUUUUGACUUUAAUGUCACUGCCCGUGACUCCGGAUCUCCUCCACUGACUUCCAUGGUCACAGUCAGCAUUCUAAUCCAGGACGCCAAUGACAACGGCCCUCAGGUGCUCUACCCCGUGCAGACAGGUGGUUCGGUGCUUGCUGAAAUGGUGCCUCGUUCAGCAGAUGUGGGAUAUCUAGUGACUAAAGUGGUGGCUGUGGACGUGGACUCUGGACAGAAUGCCUGGCUUUCGUAUAAAGUGCAAAGAGCCACUGACCGGGCACUAUUUGAAGUGGGCCUCCACAAUGGAGAAAUAAGAACUGUCCGCCAAGUGACUGAUAAAGAUGCUGUCAAACAACGACUGACUGUUUUAGUGGAGGACAACGGGCAGCCGUCUCGUUCAGCCACAGUUAUUGUUAACGUGGCAGUAGCGGACAGCUUCCCUGAAGUGCUGUCAGAGUUCACUGACUUUAAUAUUCACGACAAGGAGUACAAUGACAAGCUGACUUUUUACUUAGUCUUGGCUUUGGCUGUGGUCUCCUUUCUCUUCAUCACCUGCUUGCUGCUUAUCAUAUCAGUCAAAGUAUACAGGUGGAGACAGUCUCGCAUCUUGUACCACUCCAACUUACCUGUCAUUCCCUAUUAUCCGCCACGGUACUCGGAUACUUUGGGGACAGCGACCCUCCCUCACGUGUACAACUAUGAGGUGUGCAGGACCACUGACUCCAGGAAAAGUGACAUGAAGAAUAUGCAAGCAAUGAGUCAAAGUUUAGUGAGUGUGGAUGAAGGUGAUGCUGAUACACCACAUGUAAUCAAGCAGAUGUCAGGAAAUUGCUCACAAAUAUCAACAUUGCUCCCUCCUCUGUCACUGCCAUUUGGCAUAAGAGAGCUUCGUGUGAGCAACGUGUAA